CAAGAGUUGGAAACUGAACUCGCAUGCGUAUUGCCUCCACCAACAUUGAGAACGAAGUGGAGGUUGAGUACUCACACAGCGGAAAGUCGGGUCAACAAAGCACUCACUCACCUGAUUCCUGGGAGACGAAGAUUCAAUCCUUGAGACCUCCACGUUUCGGGUUUGAAGAUGUCACGGCUUGGACGAGAGAGAUUCAUCAGGAAAUUAAGGAGGUCCGGGGCACAAAUGAAACUGCUCAAUCAGUGUGCUCUGUGAGGAUGACAGUAUCGAUGGGUCGACCUAAAAUUUAGACUCUGCAUCGAAUAUACGACACUGACGCGAUCUCACAGAUAAUUCAACAAUCUCAACUAUUAACUCAUGAAGCUUGAAUUAUUGUUGGUAGUCGAAACGCCAAAGGUCCACAGAUGCAGAUACGAAUCUCUUUCGCGCACAGUUUCCUUCUCGGUUCAGAUUCGAUUGCGAUUCUAGAAGGAUCUUUAUCUACACUGUCCACAUGACUCACUGUGUUCUGUUCUGUGAAUGGGUUUCGACGAUAAAAUAUUCUUAAGAUUUGGCGUUUCGGUCAGCCAACCCUAAUGGCUUCUGCCCUCCCGUUCCAUGCUUCCGUCCAGGACUCCCGGGGAAUAUGUGGGGACAGAUGUUUAUGUGUCGCCCCAUGGAAAUGUCACCUUCACUCCAGGCCUCUUGUUGUCGCAUGUGUUUCCACAUAAAGCUCGUAGAGGGCAAAAUAUGAGUGAUGAUGCCUUCCUUGUUCUCGAAGCACAGAAGACCAAAUGCCGAAGGGCGUUGCCAAACUUUGUCUCAUUACUGGGCUGUUGUCAAAAACUGCGU